AUGGCCGUCACGUUUGGGCUUCUGAGUGGACUUCUUUCUGUCGUUGUUGCUGUUCUUGCCCUGAAGAACAGAAGACUUCAGAAAGUCAUUAAAGAGCUGCAGGAAAACUCCAACGAGAUUGAGUCCCAGGAGCUGAACUACGCAGAAGUCAAUGUCAGAGCUGCACAAAGACCACAGCAUUCACUCAGACAGAUGGAGCCUCAUGUGGUUUACUCGAGUACAAGAUGA